GCAGGCAGUCAGUGAGCGGAGGGACAGGAUGCAGUUGACACCGCUCUGCCUGAUGCUGUCCUGUCUGCAGGUGAGUCCUGACCGGUCUCAGUUCUUCAGGUACGACUCCAUCACUCUGAGCUGUGAGGAUCAGUUGAACUCCACCGGCUGGAAGGUGAAGAGGAAGACGCCGGAGGGCGGGGUCAGACCCUGCUCCUCCGGCUGGGGCACCUCCUCCUCGGGCUCGACCUGCAUCAUCGGAAACACCUACCCGUCUGACAGCGGCGUGUACUGGUGCGAGUCCAGAGCCGGGGAGAGGAGCAACGUGGUCAACAUCACCAUCACCGAUCACACUGUGCUCCUGAAGUGUCCGGCCCUCCCUGUGAUGCAGGGCGCUGCUGCGACUCUGCACUGUGAAGCUGAGAUGUACUCCUCCAACCACACGUUCGAUUUCCAUAAAGAUGGCCGUUUCCUCGGCAGCAGCCCCACGGGAGAGAUGAUGCUCCACAGUGUGUCCAGGUCUGAUGAGGGACUCUACACGUGCAGCAUCCCUCGAGUGGGAGAAUCAGUCGGCAGCUGGCUGAAUGUUGAUGGUUCUCUUCCAUCUUCAUCUUCGGCUCCGCCUGCAGCUUCCUGGUCAGUUUCUGUCCCCAGGCUGAUGCGCCACCUGCUGGUGGGAGCUCCUUACCUGCUGUCCACCAUCUUACUGGGGCUCAUAUACAGAGACAGAGCCAGAGGCAGCUCGGACGGCCAUGGAGAGAAGAGGGCAGCAGCGAGGUCAUCAUGGAAGUCGUCGUUUAGUCCUACAAAGACGUCAACUUCGCAGCACAGGAGGUCCUUUAACGCUGGAGACUCACUGCAACACAGAACACCUGGCUGUCAGAGGGGCUACUUCUAG